AUGGGUCUAGGGAGCAGGUACUUCGGCCUUCGAGGCACGAAGCUCAACAUUGCCAUUGGAGUCAUUGCCGGCCUGGAUUUCUUAGGUGUCAUGGGCGGGCUCUUGACGCUCCACUCUUUUGAGAGGGUCUUCCCUGAAAUUGCUACCAGUAAAGAAGCAGUUAUGGGCUUAACCAGAUCUCAAAUAAACCACCGGUCUACUAUUCAAGGUAUUUCCGUUGCAUCAUAUAACCUCGGAUGUUUCGUUGGUGCGCUUGCUUGUAUCUGGAUCGGUGACAGACUCGGACGAAGAAAGACCAUCUGGCUGGGUUCAGCUAUCAUGGUCGUCGGUGCUGCUCUCCAGGCAUCUGCGUAUGGUCUUCCCCACUUUAUUGUCGGACGUCUCGUAACAGGCUUUGGUAACGGACUGAACACCUCAACCGUACCAACCUGGCAGUCUGAAUGCUCCAAAUCCCACAGACGAGGACAACUGGUCAUGGUCGAAGGUGCUCUGAUCACUGGGGGUAUCUGUAUUAGUUACUGGUUGGACUUUGGCUUUUCCUUCCUCGAACCCAGCUCGGUUUCAUGGCGGUUCCCCAUUGCCUUUCAAAUCGUCUUUGCUCUCAUUAUCAUGCUUGUUGUCAUGGGUCUUCCAGAGUCUCCCCGAUGGCUAGUUCUGAAGGGCCAAGAAGACGAAGCAAUGAAUGUUUUGGCAGCCCUCAGCGAUCUGGACAGGGAAGAUCGAUUUGUCCAUUCGGAGUUCUCUGCAAUCAAAGAUACGGUCAUUGAGAUGCAGCGGGGCAGCUUUAAGGAUCUGUUCACCAUGGACAAGGACCGUCACUUGCAUCGUGUCAUCCUUGCAUACGUCAACCAGGUGUUCCAGCAGAUCUCUGGUAUCAAUCUCAUCACAUACUAUGCCACCACGAUUUAUGAAGGCAGUAUCGGCCUUGAUCCAUUCAUCUCACGAAUUCUUGCCGCUUGCAACGGCACUGAAUACUUCUUUGCAUCAUGGAUUGCUGUAUUCGUUGUGGAAAGGGUCGGCCGCCGUCCACUCAUGCUGUUCGGCGCGGUUGGCAUGUCACUUUCCAUGGUGGUCCUCGCCGUUGCUACAAGUUUCAAAGGACAGACAGACCCCGGAAUCGUCGCAGCUGUUUUCCUCUUUGUUUUCAACACCUUCUUUGCCAUCGGCUGGCUCGGUAUGACCUGGUUGUACCCUGCAGAAAUUGUCCCUCUACGAAUCCGUGCCCCUGCCAAUGCCCUUUCUACCUCAGCAAACUGGAUCUUCAACUUCAUGGUAGUCAUGAUCACGCCUGUUUCUUUCUCCUCCAUCGAAUAUAAGACCUACAUCAUUUUUGCUGUUAUAAACGCCUUCAUCGUUCCAGUGGUCUACUUUUUCUACCCUGAAACAGCCUACCGCUCCCUCGAGGAAAUGGACUCCAUCUUCCGGAAGACGAAGUCUAUCUUCUCAGUAGUAAAGGUAGCUCGCGAAACACCAAGACGAUACGGCAAGAACGGUGAAGUUCUCAUCAACUAUGAUGAUACAGACGAACACAGAGCUCGUGCCGGCGCCACUCAAGAGGAAACAACGUCAUCUUUCCCCGAAAAGAAACAUGAAAAUCCAGACCACGAUGCUGAAACGGGCAAUUCGAACAGCCCAAGCAACCAAAGCGCAGCAUAA